UUGUAACCUAAACGUUUAAAAUAGGCACGCAUCUCCUCCAAGGCAGCGUCAUUUGGCUUAAUACCCUGGUUUCGAAUAGCGUUCAACGUGCUCGCAUUCGAUUGUAACGAAUUAAGCCGAUUAAUCGCCUCCUGCAAAUUGUGAGCGAUAACGCUCUCAAACAUCACCUCUUCAGCAGCUCAUUUAGUGAAUCCCACAUACGUCGUAAGUCCUAACCGAAGUAGACAUGUUCCUUCGCAGAGUUUGGAACCACAAACUAGUAAUCCUCAGUUUGGUUCUGUGCAUGUUUCUGCUCAAACGGGACACCACGAAGAAACGUGACGCCAUCACCCACACUACUCUAAAACCAACACCUAUCACUUCGACUAUAAAGGACGACACGCCGAACGUCGUUGUGACCAAUACAGUCAUGCAAGAGCGGCGUAACCACUACAACGAUUCCGUACAACCAUGGGUGGCAGCAAUGCAACAAGUGCCACCACAGGACAAGAUACCGAUGCUCUACCUAGCACAUGGAUGUACGUAAGUAACAGCACUCCUAACCACGCGAUCGUUGCAAUUGUCCAUACACAGGCUCAUCCGCUUCUAAUUCCAACAAUUCUCGUGCCAUUGAACGAAAGCCUUAACUAUGCAUACGGAGCUACUCUAUGUGAACUUGGCCUUGCUCACACAAAACACUACCACCACGCAUAUUUCCAGCUUUCCAUAACGCACUGCGUCUCAUUAAUAAGCGACGGAGCUCAUUAUUUAUAACUUGCCAGCGAAAUCUGACGUUACAUAAGUGACGUCAAAACGUCCACUUUUGCGUCUUGACUAAACAGCUUGCUCGGCAAUUGUUCUUCUCCGCAUAUGCCAGUUCGGCCAAUUCGUCUUAUCCGCAUGACGUCACGAAGCUUAUUCUACAAACCUGCGAGUUUGAUUGGUCGCUUUGAUUCAUGCGUUGGUUAUGCUUUGACAUGCGAGGAAUGUGAUUCUGGGCAUUUGAAAAGCAUAAAUUGGGGGGUUCACAUUGCAAUGUUCUGAAUUGGAUGGAAGGGACAUUUACGGAUACAUUGGUUGUACUAUGUAAAUCCGAAACGCGUGGUUAGGAAAUGUGCAAUCUCGGAGAGGAAGGCUUUUUCAACAAGGCUUCUCGUUAUUUUUAGUAGUUCGUGCAGCGCUAAUGAUAGCAGCACCUUUUCUUCUCUUAAAAGAUGACGGAAUUGACAUGGUCGGGAGGGAAUUCCAGAAAGAUGGGGAACACUAUAUGUUUCUGCAGAAACUUGGUCCUUUUCUAUUAGAACGAUUUCGACCAAAAGCAAUAAUCGUCUUUUCGGCACAUUAUGAAACGAGAAACCUAGUGCACGUUUUUUCUCGUGAUGCACCGAAUAAGUUGUUUUAUGACUACUAUGGAUUUCCGAAAUGGAUGUUUGAUCUUUCUUUUCCGUCAAAAGGUUCAUCUAAGGUUGCACAGCAAGUGUUAAAUUGCUUAGAAAGUAACAACAUUUCGGCCGCUGCUGUUUCUGGGGACAGAGGAUUGGACCAUGGUGUUUUUGUCCCAUUUAGUAUAAUGUUUCCGACUGGGCUGUCAAUACCCGUAGUGGAGAUUAGCAUGCCUUCUCUUGACCCUUUUAAACUGAUCGCCAUUGGCGCUGCCUUGGAUGACCUACGAAAAGAUUAUCUCAUCGUUAGUGGUGGACUUUCUAUACACACGUUCGAAGACCCCACUGCGUUCAACCGGGAAUUUGCAGCAGAUGGAUUCAAACAGUUCCAUUCGGAUUUGCUGGAUGCAAUCUCAAUUCAAGACACAGAUCGUCGAAACAGACAGCUGCAUGCUAUGAUGAUGCAUCCUUUCUUCCGAGCCGCACACCCACGCGAAGAACAUUUUGUACCACUCUUUAUCCCUGCAGGCGCACGAGGUCGAACACAGGUUCUAUGUGACCUAUAUGGGGCUGUCACCGCACUUUUUGGUUUGAAUGCGUAGAACAAGUGCAACGAAGUCAUCUACUAUUCUCUAACGCGUUUUCGUGCUUGUGUACUAUUACUGUAUCCUAUGUACUUUACUAGAAGGAGUGUAUAAACUUCUUCAAUGCCUUGUAUCUAUCUUAUUACGGGCAAUUUGCAAUGUAUCAAGUAAAUAAUAAUAUCUAUGAACUUUUUGUCAUAAUUAACCACCCAAAAUACUCCAAUGAAAAAUGAAACUACAACAUUUUGUUGCUACAAAAGCCCAG